AAAUUAAUCAGUCAGCACUGAAUCAGUGUAACCUGCUGCAUGUCAAAUCCAGCACUGAAGGAAGUUUUGGUGGAUUGUGGAAAGUGCCUUACAGUCUCUCUGGUGCUGUUAUUGUCCUCAGGUAAUAGGAUCCGUUUCAGCCUUAGGGUCGUGGGAGGAAAAAUUUGUUCUUAUGUGCUAAUCAAGUCAAACUGAUUAAAGCCCAGAUCACUGGUUGAGUCAGGUCACUUAAGAACACUGUAUGAUGGCACGAUGGGCAGGACAACACUUUCAUUCAACUUUUCAAGCCAAGGUGAGGGGCGUUUCAAUUCUUAUAAACAAAAAUGUUUCUUUUGAGCUUCAUAAUAAGAUAUCUGAUCCUAAUGGUCGUUUUAUUAUUGUUUUGGGGAAACUUUAUAAUACACAGGUGGUCUUAGCCAACCUUUACGCUCCUAACUCGGAUGAUGUAGGGUUUUUUGACCGUUUUUUUCCUUCAUUGGCAGAACUAAGUUCAUACUCUCUUAUAUUGGGUGGUGACUUUAACUGUUGGCUGGAUCCAGUUUUGGACAGAUCUUCUUCUAUCCCUAGACAAUUAAGGACCCCUGAAUGUGUUAACUCCCUUGAUGCCGAAAAGGUGUUUGAUCAGAUUCUAUUAUCUCGUCAUACCUAUAAACAGCCCAGACUCAAUGAAGCUCAUCUCCAAAAGCCUGAAAGAGAAGGUGGCUUGGCGUUGCCUAAUUUUCGUUCAUAUUAUUGGGCAGCCAAUAUUCGUAAUAUUAUCUUUUAUUCCUACUUUUAUAACCAGUCUGUUUGUCCAACACGGGUGGCAAUGGAAUUAAACGCUUAUAAGAAAUUAUUUAUUCCAGCUUUACUUGGAUUUGUUCUUCCUUGCCAAUUGCCAAAAUCUGUUAUUAUUCCUGUAAUCAGGCAUCCUCUGAGAAUAUGGGCUCAGUUUAGAAAAUACCAUGGUCUUUAUAGUUUUUCCCUCUCUAGUCCUAUUCUAUACAAUCAUUUAUUUCAACCGUCUAUGCAGGAUUCCACGUUCCAAGGCUGGUGUAGGAGAGGUAUCAGGCAUUUUGAAGAUCUUUUUAUAGACAAUCGGUUUGCGUCUUUUGAACAGUUGUCUAUAAAGUUUAAUUUACCGAAUACUCAUUUUUUUAGAUACCUCCAAAUUAGACAUUUUAUUAGCCCUUUAAUACCACAUUUUCCUGAUGUAGUGAACUACAUAUACCUGUCUGGACGUGCCCCCCCCGCUGACUACUCCUGUUGCUCCGCCCACUGCUCCUGUGGCUCCUCCCACAGACCCUGGUAUAAAGGUGAUUGGAGCCUGAGCCCGGCCUCUCAGUCUCCAGGAUGUAGUGUGGUGCUCAGUUGCUGCUUGUUCUUUCUUCCAGCCAAUAAAAGCCUAUAUCUUGCCUCACAUCUCGGAGAGUUAUUGACGGUGCAUCACCUGAACAACCUGAUAAAAAUGUUGUAGACUUGUUUCUUCAAAUGAACCCUUUGGGCAAAGGCGUAAUCUCUACUAUUCAUGUUAAAUUUAUGAUUCUCAGACGAGCCCCUUGUGAUAAAAUUAAAACUGCUUGGGAGCAUGACUUAGGUUUUUCUCUGUCCAACAAGGUUUGGGAUUCAAUUCUUAAAUCCGUCAAUUCAAUCUCUUUAUGUGCUCGUCAUUGUCUCCUGCAGUUUAAAGUCGUCCACAGGGCUCAUAUGUCCAAAACCAAAUUGGCUAAGUUCUACCCUGAUAUUAGUCCCUGGUGUGACAAAUGCAAAGGAGGUGAGACCUCCCUUUUCCAUUUGUAUUGGGCCUGUCUUACUCAGGAAAAAUUUUGGAAAGAUGUUUUUUUAACUUUAUCUUUGAUAUUAAAUUGUCAUUUGGAACCUGAUCCUUUGAUCACUCUUUUUGGUAUUCUUCGAGACCCUGACAAGCAUUUGACCCUGGCUAAACAAUGAACAUUGUCUUUUAUUCUCUCUUCUAGCCAGACGAGCAGUACUCCUUAAAUGGAGAGAUGUAGUUCCCCCUACCCAUGCUCAAUGGCUUAGGGAUAUUGUGUCUUGCUUAGAUCUCGAAAAGAUUCACUAUUUACUUUCUAAUUCGGACAUAAAGUUCCAUGGGGUGUGGGGAUCUUUUCUCGAAUAUUUUCAUAACUCUCACCUAGAUUGACAGGUGUUUGUUCUUUUUUCCCUUGAUAAUCGGACCUACAUUUCCAGCUUUUUUUUUACUUUUGUUUUUUUUCUGAUCAGGUAGCAGGCUGCCCCCCCCCCCCCACUUUUUUUAUUACAAUAUGUAGUUCUGGGGUAAUAAAAUUGUAUCUCGUAUAACGAUUGGCUUGGAGUGGGAUAGGUGAUGGAUUGGGUGCUUUUCCUUCUUUCUCUUUUUUUUUCCUGUUUUACUAUGGGUGACUUGCUCAUUUGUUAAGACAUGUAUUAUUGUUAUUUUUGUUUAUAUGGCAAUGAUCCUUCUAUAUAUAUUACUGAUUUUCUUUUCUUCGUUGUAGUUUGUAGAAAAUUGUAAAUAAAAUAUUAUAAAAAACACUAUAUGUAUUUUCAGAUAUUUUGUACAUGCGGUCCCUAGGCACGGGCAAUGCUGUUAAAUACUGUACAACUCCCAACAGAUAUCACCUGCACAAGGUCCUGUGUACAAACUCUGAACUGGUGUAACCCGAGAGCCGAGACCUGUCCAGGUAUUGGUCAAAGGGCCUGGCCCUAAUUGAACUGAUUAAAGGGAGUCCAAGGCAAUGAUCUCCCUCCAGGAACAGUACGUUCCUUCAUUAAUUCCUCUCAGAUCUGUCCCCAAGCUCUCCCCUAACCUUUCCUUGGAUCCCCCCCAAUUAUUCCCUCAGGAAACCCCUGCUCCCAAAUUUCCAAUCAUUUCAUUGGCCUGUCCAGGAACCACUUAACCAUUCCCUGUCUUCCACUAAUCUCCACCUCAUACCUCAGUCCUAUCUCAGUCCUGUCCAUACCUCAGUCCUAUCUCAGUCCUGUCCAUACCUCAGUUCUAUCUCAGUCCUACCUCAGUCCUAUCUCAGUCCUGUCCAUACCUCAGUCCUAUCUCAGUCCUGUCCAUACCUCAGUCCUGUCUCAGUCCUGUCCAUACCUCAGUCCUAUCUCAGUCCUGUCCAUACCUCAGUCCUGUCUCAGUCCUGUCCAUACCUCAGUCCUAUCUCAGUCCUGUCCAUACCUCAGUCCUAUCUCAGUCCUGUCCAUACCUCAGUCCUAUCUCAGUCCUGUCCAUACCUCAGUCCUGUCUCAGUCCUGUCCAUACCUCAGUCCUAUCUCAGUCCUGUCCAUACCUCAGUCCUAUCUCAGUCCUGUCCAUACCUCAGUCCUAUCUCAGUCCUGUCCAUACCUCAGUCCUAUCUCAGUCCUGUCCAUACCUCAGUUCUAUCUCAGUCCUACCUCAGUCCUAUCUCAAUCCUGUCCAUACCUCAGUCCUAUCUCUACAGUACUCUCCCUGCCCCCACCUCCACAGUAGAACAUUGAAACCUCAGCACUUUGUCGAUAUGCAUAGAGCCUCACUGCACACAACCUCUAGUCCACUUCCAGCUAUGUUUUACCUAUUGUACCAACACCUAUUCAGGGCUGAUAUGAUGGUAAAUUCUGCUAUAAGCAGAAACUCCAUUUCCUUUGAGUUUCUAUGGUUUUCCCAAAGAAAUGGGAGAACUUCCAUGGAAAAUCAACCCUGUACUAUUUUCCUGAAGUACUAUUUUAUUAGCAAUCAGCUCCAUUGACAUCCAGUUGCUGAAUAUCGGUAGAAUUUGGGCACAGACUGAAUGAGACCACCUGAGUUUGUUUUAUUUUUUUAACUCAUUCACAGAUGUUAGCGUUUAUGCAGGUCAGCAUUUAUUGAACAGCUCCAAGGAGGUAUUGAAGAGGCAGCUUCUUGAACUGCUGCCUCCUCAAGGUGAAGGCUGCAAUGUGAGCCCUUACGGGAAUUUGCCACAGCAGUGAGGGAGGAAAGUGCAUGCACUUCCAGGUCAGGAUAGUGUGUGAAAUGGAGGGGAGCCUGCAGAUGGUGGCAUCUCAUUCACCUGCUGCCCUGUAGAGUUCUUAUGGCACUUCUUGGCUGUCAGCCCCAAAACAUUUUACACCCUUUUGUUGUCACUCCUGUUGACCAAUGUGACGUGGUUUCAACAAGUACAGAAUGCGCUGAAGUGUAAUUCUGAUACUGCUUCAUACAUACAUGCCUUAUCAUUGAACUGGGGAGUACGGCACAGAUCAGUGGGUCACAUUUUGUGGCAGAAUGCUAGUCUGCUCUUGCUGAAAGCCCACAGUACCUCAAAGGGCCUGCUGUUGAGCUGCUGGAUCUCCUCUGAAUCCAUCCCACUUCUAUGAUAAUGGUACUGCACAACAGAGAAAGGCCACAGCCGUGUUGGCCUCUUGCCAGCAAACAACAAUCACAAGUUCAAUCAUGGAACUGAACUCAGCUUCUAUGGUAAUUUGAAAGUUGACAUCAUGACACCAAGAAGAUGAAUGGCAAAGCUAUCUUACACGUAGAGUAAUACCAUCUAAACACAGUGGUGGAAACCACAGGAUGGGCAAUUACUUACAGGGCAACAGCUGAAAGGACAGAUGACUGGGACCAUAUGGACGGGGACAGAGAGCUAGUGUGCAGUCAACAAGCUGAAUGUGCUUGCUAUGGGGGGCCGUAAUGAUUCUGUUCUAUAAUUCAAUGUAGAAAUGGUCACGAUAACCACUGGACUAUCAGAGGAUGUCAACUGAUUCUCUAACAAGUGUAAGGGAAAGGAUACAGCUGCAUUGUGAUCCAGUUCUGCCUCGCUGUGGUUUGCCUUUAAUCAUAAGAAGUUCUCUAAUAAGCCACAUGAUUCCAAUGAACUAGUGAUCCAUGGAGGAAAUCUAGCAGUACCACUUGACGAUAUUAGUUAGAUCCUGCCAAAAGCAACUGGGCACACUGCAGCAAGUUUGAAUGGUGGUGCUCCACGUUCCUUAAAACUCUGGAACCUAUGUAUGAACUUCAGGAAAAGCUCCCACUGUACUGGGGACCCUAGCAUUCGAGCAUGGAAUCAAACCCUUGUGAAGACUAUAGAAGCUGCUGAGAAUUUGCGGUUUACACGGAAGCCUGCCACACCUUCACCACAUGGCCUGUGCCAGCCAGCUAUCUUCACAAUGCCAACAUGGUCCAGGGAGAAGCAGUAUGAAGUUCUUUACUGAAAUUAUUGAUGGAACAGGGACACAGGCCAGAAGACAGAGCUUGAUAGAGCUAAAUUGGCUUGAAAAGGGACUGGGAACUAGAAGAACAUACACUCCUUUUCCCCCAACUAACUGCAUUUCAGAAGUUAGAAAGAUACUUAAACAAGAAACAGGUCCAAAGGGCAUUCUUCACUAUCUUUCCCAUCCUUUUUGCGCUGUGGUCUAUUUCUCCAUAACUUCCUUUACUGUUCCAAUGAGGCCCGAUAUGAAAUGAAGAACAGUGUCUCAUCGUCUCUCUGGGCACAUUGAACCUCCAGGUCUCAAAUUCAAAUACACCUAUUUCAAAUAAUUCACUUUUUCUGUUUGUAACAGAUCUGGUCAGUUCUGCUGUAGGUUAUCCAUCUGCAAUAUCUACUCUGUCUUUUCUUUCUCCACAAGCACUGCCUGUCUUACUGGGCAUUCCUAGCACUUCCCCUUUGCUUUCAACUUCACAUCUGUCCCUCUCUCCCCUUUCUCUCUCUAACUAACUUCAUUCUAUUAAGCAGAGAGGUCCAUAAACAUCAAAAUCACAUUAACAACCCUAUCAAAUAUAUCAUUUUUGCCCAUCUACCACUCUCUCAACUUCCCUGCAAUUUAAAGAAAACUUGCUUUCCAGUUCUGAGGAGAAAUCCAACCUGAACUGUUAACUCUCUUACUCUUUCCAGAAAUGCUACCUGACCUGCUGAGAGCUUCUAAUAUUUUUAAUUUUUAUUUUAAAGUUACACCAUUUGCAGAUUUUUGAUUUCCCAUUUUGCUACCUGUCUUCUUAUCAAUGGAUGGGUGCUUCUAUAUCUGUGAUUGAUUUGUGGGAGCUCCUUGCCCCGAAGGCAAGCUGGCAGCCGUUGGGAGCAGAUGGGAUCCCCUGCAAAGUCUUGGCUCAACGUUUUGCCUCGCUCAUUGCUCUGAUCUGCCAAGCCUGAGCAGUCCCACUGUUUAUCAGGCAGCGUGUCCCAUUUGACAUGGCUGAUGUGUCGUUUUCUGCAGUGUAUUCCGUCACCUCUCACUGAAUCAACAAACAGUGCUGUUACAUAGCCCUGAUCAUAUAUCUGAGUCAAGAUAGAAUCAAACUUUUCACUUGUAUUCACUCAGAAUAAUUAAGUCUAUCUAACUAUGGGUCUGGGAGGCCUGGACUUGCUCGUUAAGAUGAUACGCUGGUUUGCCCAUUUCCAGCUUGACAGUGUAGCAGCAUCACACCAUCAACUUCC